CUUGGGAGGGGGAAAGCGGGAACGGUGGAGCACGCCUUCCGUUCAGUUUUUUUCCUUCCGUCCUCCGAGAUCAAAAUCCAGAAUCGAAACUGCUCUGGGGUCCAUGCAGGAUCCCGCACCUGCCCGAUCCCCAGGGUCCCCGCGGGACCCUGCCCUGCCCCACACGCCCACCAUGCCGCCCCCCGAGUCCCCAGCCGAAGGCCACCAGCCCAGCCACAGCCACAGCCCCAGCCCCGCAGAGCAAGCCUUGGAGGAGGAAUUCCAGUUCCUGCACUGCCAGGGCUGCCAGGCCGAAGCCAAGUGCCCCAAGCUGCUGCCUUGUCUCCAUACUCUGUGCUCCGGAUGUUUGGAGGCGCCUUUGAUGCAAUGCCCCAUCUGCCGGGCGCCCCGGCCCUCGGAUGCUAACACGCCCGCACUGGAUAACAUCUUUUUCGAAAGUCUGCAGCGGCGCCUGUUGGUGUACCGGCAGAUCGUGGACGCCCAGGCGGUUUGCACCCGCUGCAAAGAAUCCGCUGACUUCUGGUGCUUCGAGUGCGAGCAGCUCCUCUGCGCCAACUGCUUCCAGGCGCAUCAAUGGUUCCUCAAGCACGAGGCCCGACCCCUGGCUGAGCUCCGCAGCCAGUCGGUGCGCGAGUUCCUGGACGGCACACGCAAGUCCAACAACAUCUUCUGCUCCAACCCCAACCAUCGCACCCCUGCGCUGACCAGCAUCUACUGCCGAGGCUGCUCCAAGCCGCUCUGCUGCACGUGCGCCCUCCUGGAUAGCGGCCACAGCGAGCUCAAGUGCGACAUCAGCGCUGAGAUCCAGCAGCGGCAGGAGGAGCUGAAUGCCAUGACGCAUGCAUUGAAGGAGCAGGAAAGCGCCUUCAGCGCAGCGCAAGCCCAGAUGCGCUCAGCCAUCGGGGAGCUGGGCCGUGCGCGCGCCGAUACUGAGGAGCUAAUCCGCUCCCGCGUGCGCCAGGUGGUAGCGCACGUGCUGGACCGCGAGCGCGAGCUGCUCCAGGCGGUGGGCGCGCGGUACCAGCGGGACUACGAAGAGAUGGCCAGCCGCCUGGGUCGCCUGGACGCCGUGCUGCAGCGCAUCCGCACGGGCGACGCGCUGGUGGAGAGGAUGAAGUGUUACGCCUCAGAUCAGGAGGUGCUGGACAUGCAUAACUUCCUGCGUGAGGCGCUCCAGCGUCUGUGCCAGGAGGAGCCCCAGAGCCUACAAGCAGCCAUGCGCACCGAAGGCUUCGACGAGUUCAAGGUGCGCCUGCAGGACCUCGUCUCUUGCAUCACUCAGGGGGCAGAUGCAGCUCUACCCAGGAGAGUCAGCCCAGAGGCUACCAGCACUCCCAAGGACCCUUUUGACAUUGACCUGCCAAAGGAGGUGCAGAGGGCUCAGGUGCAGACCCCGGGGCUGGAUGAGGUCCAGCCUGUGCCUGUGGUCCAGCCGGUGCCUGGAGCCCACCCUGUGCCAGUAUACGCCUUCUCCAUCAAAGCCUCCUCCUUCGGAGAGGAGGUCUCCAACACAGCCCCACCGCAGAAGAGGAAGUCCUGCCAGACGGAGAGCCCCAGGAAGAUCGUCAAGGUGGAGUCUGAGGAGGAGAAGGAGGCCAGGUUGGCCCAGAGCUCCCCCGAGCAGCCCAGGCCCAGCACCUCCAAGGCAGUCUCACCGCCCCACCUGGAUGGGCCCCCCAGCCCCGGGAGUCCCAUCGUAGGAAACGAGGGCGUCCCGCCCAACAGCAACCACGUGACCGGAGAGCCUGGGGUGGCAGAGGCGCGCGUCGUGGUGAUCAGCAGCUCGGAAGACUCGGAUGCCGAAAACUCGUCCUCCCGAGAGCUGGAUGACAGCAGCAGUGAGUCCAGUGACCUGCAGCUGGAGGGCCCCAGCUCCCUCAGGGUCCUAGAUGACAGCCUCGCUGACCCCCAAGCCGAAGACAGGCCCCUGGUUUUCUUUGACCUCAAGAUUGACAAUGAAACCCAGAAGAUUAGCCAGCUGGCAGCAGUGAACCGGGAAAGCAAGUUCCGCGUGCACAUCCAGCCCGAGGCCUUCUUCAGCGUCUACUCCAAGGCCGUCUCCCUGGAGGAAGGGCUGCAGCACUUCCUGCGCUUUCUGAGCUCCAUGCCCCGCCCCAUCUUGGCCUGCUACAAGCUGUGGGAACCCAGCCUCUCUGUCUUCUUCCGGGCCCUGGAGGACAUGAACAGGCUGAGGGAAUUCCAGGGGGCCAUCUCGGGCUUCCUGGCCGCCCUGCCCCUUAUCCGGGAGCGCGUGCCCAGCGCCAGCAGCUUCAAGCUCAAGAACCUGGCCAGGACCUACCUGGCCAGGAACCUGAGCGAGCGCAGCGCCCUGGCUGCCGUGCUUGCCAUGCGCGACCUGUGCCGCCUCCUGGAGGUCUCGCCGGGCCCCCAGCUGGCGCAGCACGUCUACCCCCUCAGCAGCCUGCAGUGCUACGCGUCCCUGCAGCCCCUGGUGCGGGCGGCUGCCCUGCCCCGGGCCCAGGCCCGCCUCCUGGCCCUGCACAAUGUGAGCUUCACGGAGCUGCUGACCGCCCACCGCCGUGACCCACAGUGGGGCCUGAAAAAGUACGGCCGCUACCUGAGCCUGCAGGCCACCCCCUCACCCCCCGCCCAGCCUGCACCCAACCUGCGGGGUGUGAGCACCUACUUCCAAGGCCUGUUGGAGGGGCCAGCCUCAGCACAAGGAGAGGGCAUCCCUGUCCCUCACUCUGGCCACAGCUUGGUAGAAAGGGCAGCCCAGCAGAGCUGAGAGGAGGGCAUGACUGGCCCGGGACCUCUGGGGGACGAAGGGGUCCUUGAGCCAGGCCCCUCCCAUCACAGCAUCCCCAGGUCCUGGGCCCUUCACUCAGUUGUCAUUUGAUCCAGAACCAGUUCUUCUCUGGGACCAAACUCCCCUUCUCAAAAACUCCCACAGAGAAGGUUCCAGGACCAUGCACCUGCUCUGCAGGGGCCUCUAGAGAGCCAGUGGUAGGCUCACCAGACCCCCCACCAAUCCCUGCUCCCAGCCUGGAGCCAGAACCAGGGACGACCUGAUGGGCAGGGCAAGGCCUCUAGACUCUCUAAGUGGCCUCCACCUCGUCCCAUCCUCCCCCACUCCCUGCCACUUCCAUGUGUGUCCUUGUGGUUCCUCCCUGACACCAGCCACUGCCCCACGGGACCUGCUGACAGAUCCCAGGGACAGCUGUCUGGGGCACUGCUGCCUCCGAUGCCAGCAGCCCCACGAAUACCGAAGUGCCUUUCAAACCCAACAGCCCUCACAAGCAUGGGCUUCUCCUAGCCUCUGCCUGCCCAGAGGUCCAGCUCUGUGUUGGCCUGUCCUUUGGAGCAUUUUCACCCCAAAGGGGCCUCAUAUCCACAGAGACAGAAGCCACUGCUCUGUGUGCCACCCUCCCUGUUGUACCAAGUCACAGGAUACAUGUCCCUGCUCCCAUAGGGUAACCCUUCAAAGCCUGGUUCCUUCCUCAGGGCCAAGCAGAUGCCUCCCCUUUUCCGAGGCUUUGCUCUUUGCUUCUCCAGGCCACAAAGCUUCUCUCUGCAAGGCCCAUCCCUCUCCCUGCACUUUCCCCUCUCUCAGACCUCCGGGGAAUGUCCUGCAACACAGUAACACCAGAAUGUAGUCUGGGGACCAGCAGGAUUGGAGUCCCCUGAGAGUGAGGUAGAGCUGCAGACUCGUGGGCUCCCCCUCAGACCUAGUGAUCCAAAAUGUCAGAUGGGCCCAACAAUCUGAGUUUUAACAGCCUCAGCCCCCCAAAGGGAAGCAGUGUGGGAAAGCUGAGAGAGCCCCAGCCUGGCCCCUGGCCAUGUGCACUGAGUGUGAUCCAGGAAGAGGCCCAGGCUGAGCCCUGGUACCCGCCUCUAGAAUGGGCUGAUUGGCCCGAUAGCCUCAGAGGUGCCAUCUAGCUUUGCCAUCCUGGGGUUUUAGGAAUGGACACAGGCCUCCAAGGUAGUGGGCAAGAAGCUUUCACAUUCUUGAACCCUAGGCCAUUGGUGCCCCAGCCUGUGUCACACCAGAGAUCAGCAGCAGAGCACAGUGGGUUGGGACCACUCCCCAGCAUUUCUCUCCCACCCCUCCUUGAUCCCUCUUCCUUGGGCUUCCUGCUACUGCAAUGCUUUGCAGACUCAGCCCAGGCCUAUGAAAUCUGAGUGACCACCCCUGAACCCCAUCCAGUGGGUGCAUAGGCACUUGCUACCCUACCAGUGAACAGUACAUUUAGCAUAGGGUUUUGAUGCCAGAUGUCCUGGCUCUGAAGCCUGUGGAAACAGGCUGAUGGGAGGGGGAGGAGGGAUGGCAAGGCCCCCAGCCUGGCUGAGACGACCAUUUUGGUACUGGCAGGGCAACCCUUGGGCCACUCCUCACAUCCCCCUCCCACAUCCUGGCCCUGCAAUGGGUGAUCCUCCUGCUCUCCCAGCUCCAGUCUCAGCCCAUGAUGCUUGCUAUCCUCAGAUGUAUUUCAUCACAGUUCUGUUUUGUUUUUCUAAAAUCUGAUCUCUACUGUAAAAGCCUUUAAUAAAGAUGUGAAUCUUAAAAGCCUGAUGCUCCCAUCACAAACUGUCCAGAGGAGCCUUUGAGGAGCCCCUUGCGUGCUGAGGAGGGGCAGCUUCUUUGCAUCUGGACAUGGACGAGGGGCUAAUUGCCUGGCACAGCUAUUCCUUGCGGGAUCUUUGGGGACCUGGCAGAGCCCCUCAUUGUUUAGUGCUCAGCACCUCAAGGAGGUGAAGCUCCCAUUCCCAGCAGGAGACCCAGAGUGGACCUGCCUCAGGGUCAUCUCCAUAGGCGAAGGCCACGUGGAAGGGAGGGGGCACCAACCUCCAGAUCUCCCUCCUAUUUGCAAACACAGAAG